CAGGUCCACUAAAAUGAGUGACGCCGUUCAUUCCAGUGCCGCCCGGCGCCAAUCGGAUCGUCAAAGAGAGGCUGUUUGUGGAGCACGAAAUUAUCUGCCUUCCAACACCGCUUCACUCCGUUUGCUCCCAACCUGCCACGACGGGCACGCGUCCAAUGUGGUUCUUUCUGCCACUGAUGAUUUUAGUAAAUAAAUUUCCACGGAUGGGCAGCGGCGCCUGCGACCCAACCCACGUACCGUUGUUAACAACCAGAUCGCACACUUAGCCUCUCCUACGCGAUGCUCAACGACCAGGAAAUCGAGCGGGCGGCGGCCCAGCUUGCCGAUUACAAGAAAAGCGACGCGUUAUCCAAGCUCCUGGAUCAAUAUUCGGUUCUGAUCGAUGAUUACAAGCGCCUAAAGAGCGACUACGAGGAGGAGCGUGAGACUCGGGAAAAGUACAAGCAGAUGGCCAAAGACCAAGAGCGCAACCCAUUUGUGUUGGUCUUGGUCGAUGGCGACGGUUAUGUGUUCAACGAUACAUUCCUGUCUCAACGUGCCGAGGGUGGCGGGCCUGCCGCCCAGGCGCUUAACGACGAAGUCAAGACCAGUCUGCGGCGCAAGGGACUCGAGCAUUGCCAAGUCAUGGUGCGAAUCUACGCCAACGUCUUUGGUUUAUCGAAAGCCCUGUCUAAAACCGGCGUGGUCGGUGCAGACAGUCGGUCGCUGGCCCCAUUCAUUGCCGGCUUCAACAGGUCUUAUGGUCUCAGUGAGUUUGUUGACGCCGGCCAGCUGAAGGAGAACGCCGACUUUAAGCUGCGAGCCAUGCUCCGCCUCUACGCCGAUAAUAGCCAGUGCAAGCACAUUUACUUUGCUGCCUGCCACGACGUCGGCUACAUCUCUGAGCUUACACCCUUUAUGGGGAAUAGCUCCAAGUUUACACUCAUCAAUACCCCAGGCGUCCGCUUCCACAACGAGUUCACGAAGUUGGGCAUGGGUAUUGAAGAGUUCCGCGCUGCCUUCCGACACUCUCCCCUUGACGGGUUUACCGCAUACCGUCCCCUUAAUAAUGGUGUGGGCACCGCGGGCAAACCCUCCGUGGGACCGCCUCAGCCAGCGUCGCCCAGUAAGGUGCCGGCGAGUCCGACAAUGCACGAUGUAUCCAAAAUCCCGUGCCUAUUCCAUUCGAUUGGGAAGUGCCGAUCCGGCAAGUCGUGCAAGAUGUUGCAUGACGGUCCGUCGAACGACACAAGAACUUCCCUGCAUUAUUCCGAUAUGCCAUCGCCCAUCAGCCCGGCAAGCACGACAAAUGACACGGCAUCCGUGGCUUCGCAACUGGUCAACCUACCGAGGGCAUAUACGAUACCCGAUGGCCAGGUUUCGGUCAACGAGAACAACUACCGCCUUGAUCCGUACCUGCCGGCCAUCACUGCCGAUGUGAUGAGCCGCUUAAAGGCACGCGUCGACAAGCGGCGGGUGUGCAACAGUUUCCAUCUGCAAGGGUUCUGCGACGCCGGCGAUCGCUGUGAAUACGAUCACGAGCCUCUCGACCCAGAGGUUUUGCCGGCCCUACUGUCGCUCGCCCGGUCCCAGCCAUGCCCGCGGCGUGGCGCAUGCAGGUUGGAUAGUUGCUACCACGGACACAUUUGCCAGAACCUCGAAUGCAAGCAUCGGGGCGGCAAAUUGUAUUGCAAGCUGCCCUAUCUGUCGCAUCUCGAGCCUGUGACCGGCGUUCACUACGUCCCGGCCGUUUCCAAGCCAAGCCGCAAGACAAACGGCGGCAGCGCAAGCAGCACGACUAGCCGUUAGAUCUUGUGAUCGAUCGGCGUGGCGAUACAUGCGUAUCGCCAUCAUUCAUUGUUAUAGUACUCGGUCUGGCUCGGCGGGCCCAGGAUAUUUCCAGCUCCACGACUGCCAGGCCACUCUCCCAGC